AUUCUUACCAGAGUCAACAACAACUUUCCACAACAUUGUCGGUGUAGUCAAAGUUUAAAAUCUCAUGUUUACUUCCGCAAACAUUGGAAAGUUUUGCUGAGAAUAUCCUUGACGUUGAUAUAUAAAUCUUUUUCGCUAUAUCCAGCCUAUGGACAGUCUUCUUUUAGAAUUCACAUAGUGAGCACAUGAUACAAGAAUCUCAAAAUGUUUAAGCUACUUGUUCUGAUCGCUUGUCUGAGCAUUGUGGCCUCAACUGACUACGACGAUGAUUACGACCAUAAGGAAGACUUUGCCCACCCGAAGUACAAGUUCGAGCAUGAAGUGAAGGAUUCCCGUACUGGUGUUCACAAAACCUACAACCGACACGAAGAAGACGGAACAGAUCUUGGGAUCGAAUCUUCCGAGGAAAUUCUUCCCACGGACGCUACGAGUACGACCACGGCACAGGCGCCAACAACGACAAUGGUGUCAGUGUCGACAAAUGCUACUGAGACGACAAAACCAGAAAAUGGAACGGAAAAGGCAGACACAGAGAAGCCAGCGAAGAAAAAAACAAGCUGCUGUUAAACAUUUAUUUUCUCGCACAUCUAUUUCAGAUACAUUGUUAUGGGUUAUGUGCUACCUUUUGCGACUGUUUUAAAAUCUGGUAUAA